CGCUGUUUUCGGCAGGGGGCGGGGUUUGUUUUCGGAGCGGACCUGAGAGACAAGAUGGCGACCGCAGGGUUCGCCGAACAGCGAUCCAGUCAGGCCGGUACCGCCGCAGACUCCUCCCGGUCACGGCCCGGCCCGCCAGCAGCCGCCCGGUGCCGCUCCGGGUCCGGCCUGCCGGAGAAGUGCUCGGCUUGCUCAGAGAGCCGGUCCGGGUCCGGGACGGCCUGUUCCCGGUGCCAUGCCCGGAGAGUCCCGAGCAGAGAGGAGCGAAUCCGGAGAAGAAGUGACCCCGAGAGAGGCGGCAGCAGAGCGGGAAAGAGGGACGGCGAGAGCCGCAGAGGCGUCUUCGUCUGUCCGACCCUGACGAAGUCUGCAGACGCUCCUGCGGCUCCGGCUGCGAAGCUCAAGGUGAGUCUGGGAGCCUUCAGGAAGUCUCUGCAUCCCGAAUAUGGUCAGGAAUCUGUCCCGCCUCUUCCUGUCCAGCUGCUGGCGUCCGACGACCGGGAGGAGAUCCGGAGGUGGACCUGCCUGAUGGGGAAGGAUGAAUUCGGGUCGGCGAGACGCGCCGUGGAGCCGGGGGUUCUGUCCGACUCUGAGAACGAGGAGCCCAUCAGCAGGAGGAUCCGGAACAUCUCCGCCUUCAUCAGGAAAACCAAGAACUCCUCAGCCGUCAGCAGCGGUUCCCGGAGGAGUCGGAGCUGCACCGACCCCAUGGAGGACCGGGGAGGGAAGAUGAAGGCGAUCGUCCCGCCAGCGGCCGUCAUGGAGCAGGUGGGCAUCAGCCACAGCUCGGCGGCCGGCAUCCUGCUGUCGUCAGAGAACAGCCGCUCCAUCUCGGCGCCCAUCACGGCGCCGGAUCGCCGGCUCACCUGGAGGGCGGUGCUGACGUCAUCGGCCCCUCUGGGCCUGCCGCCGCCGCCGGCCCGCGCCGAGCGCUCCAUCAGCCCCGAGAGCAACGACAGCAUCUCAGAGGAGCUCAACCACUUCAAGCCCAUCGUCUGCUCGCCGUGCACGCCGCCCAAGCGGCUGCCCGACGGCCGCCUGCUGGAGCCGACGGUCAUCAAGGCGACGCCGCGCAACCUGAGCCGCAGCCUGCAGAAGGCCACCAGCUACGAGGCGAGCCCGGCCGUCCUGCAGAAGUGGCGGCAGAUCGAGCUGGACCGGCAGGGGCUGAAGGUCAGCUCCAGGGCCACGCUCACAAGCCCGGCCCCCGAGGCCGAAGGGGGCGGAGCCUCCAAGGCGCCGCAGCACCGCGGCGCCUUGGCGCUGGCCAACAGGAGGCGGCUGCUGUUCGAGCCGCCGGACCUGGACGGCUUCCAGAAACAGUCGGUGAAGAUCCGCGUCCCGGCCCUCCGCUACGGCGCCGCCCUCAGAGGCUGUCCGGACUUGGAGUCAGCCGGCGCCGCACCGGAACACGGCGGCGGCCCGGCGCCGUUCGGACGGAAACACUCGUUCUCUCCAUGCAACAACUCCGGGUUCCGACCCGGAAAACUUGUGCCAAAGGACUCAUUGAGUCCCAGGAAGGAGUGGGAGACCCUCUGCAACCAGUCUACCUCAAGGAGGGGCAAGAAGAGGAACCAGAAGACCAAACACCUGGACCCGGCUCUGGACCCGGUUCUGGACCCGGCUCUGGACCCGGCGCCAAAGAGGAGCCGGGCCGGCGGCCAGCAGGAGGCGCCGUGUCCCGUCCAGCAGGAGCGGCAGGACCGAGCGCUCGCCCUCAGACUGCAGAGACAGUUCGACCUGGAGGUCCACAGGACCAGCCCCGACCGCUACUUCCUGCGCUCCUGGAGGUCCACCCAGUACCGCCGGAGGCGGGGCUUGAGGACGGCCCGGCCAAUCAGCAAGAAGCUGUGAUGAGUCGGGCUCCGGCCGCUCACAUAUGCAAAGAGACCAAAGGAAAGUUUUUCCAGGCGGAACGUUUCUUCCAAACACCAGCAGAGAACCAAAACCUGGACAGAACCAC